AUGGGACAGCCAGGUGACUUGCCUGGGCCAGCUCUCACACCUGGCCUGGACCCUGCCGUGCCUCUCCCCAGCCAGAACAGCUCACGCCUGGGUACUCUGGGCAGGAGCCCAGCCUCUCACAUCCAUAUCCAGGGCCAACAGCUUGCCGAGCAAGACGCACAGCCUGCUUCCCUUAGUGCCGAGCAAGACGCACAGCCUGCUUCCCUUAGUGCCGAGCAAGACGCACAGCCUGCUUCCCUUAGUGCCGAGCAAGACGCACAGCCUGCUUCCCUUAGUGCCGAGCAAGACGCACAGCCUGCUUCCCUUAGUGCCGAGCAAGACGCACAGCCUGCUUCCCUCAGUGCCGAGCAAGACGCACAGCCUGCUUCCCUCAGUGCCGAGCAAGACGCACAGCCUGCUUCCCUCAGUGCCGAGCAAGACGCACAGCCUGCUUCCCUUAGUGCCGAGCAAGACGCACAGCCUGCUUCCCUUAGUGCCGAGCAAGACGCACAGCCUGCUUCCCUUAGUGCCGAGCAAGACGCACAGCCUGCUUCCCUUAGUGCCGAGCAAGACGCACAGCCUGCUUCCCUCAGUGCCGAGCAAGACGCACAGCCUGCUUCCCUUAGUGCCGAGGAAGACGCACAGCCUGCUUCCCUUAGUGCCGAGCAAGACGCACAGCCUGCUUCCCUUAGUGCCGAGGAAGACGCACAGCCUGCUUCCCUCAGUGCCGAGCAAGACGCACAGCCUGCUUCCCUUAGUGCCGAGCAAGACGCACAGCCUGCUUCCCUUAGUGCCGAGCAAGACGCACAGCCUGCUUCCCUUAGUGCCGAGGAAGACGCACAGCCUGCUUCCCUUAGUGCCGAGGAAGACGCACAGCCUGCUUCCCUUAGUGCCGAGGAAGACGCACAGCCUGCUUCCUAUGAAGACAAAGAGGAGAGGGGGAGAGAGAGAGGAGAGACGUGCAGGUAG